AUGCAUUCCUCCACCGUUAUUCCCGUUCUCCUUGCCGUCGCAUCGGUCUCGUCAGUUCUGGCAGCUCCUGUCGCUUCGUCCGCAGAGAUGCUGGUCACACGUGAGCCGUGGGUCGGGCCUUGGCGCAACCCCAAUGUUCCUCUGAAUCCCUCCGGUUCGUCCGCGACGGCACGACUCCUCGGGAUUCGUGACCCCCACGGCGAUGUCUAUGCUCGGGACGUUAUAUGGAAGAAGAUCGAAGACCAUGGCAUCCUCAAGCCAUUUGACUGGCUAAAUGCUCACAUCCACCAGCGUGACGACCAAGAGGUCUCCGCGCGCACUACUGGAGACGAGGUGUACGCACGCGAGAUGGACGACGGGCGUAUCGCGCGCGAACCAUGGCAUGAGCCCGCUCGCAACGUCAAAUAUCUCGCACUUCCGCCAGGCUUUAAAUUCCACACGAACAACCUCGUAGCCGCGCGUGCGUUCGACGAUGGCAAGCUCUACGCCCGGACUGUCCAGUGGAAGAAGAUUCCUCUCGAGCAACCCGGCAUCUUGGAACCUUACAAUACUGCGUUCCAUUCCUUUAACUUCGUUCCACGCCGAGCCCCGCGCUCCUUUAAAAGCAAACUCGAAGGCCCCAUUUACAGGGUCGGGUCCUUACUGCAACGCGAAGACCAGGAGGUGUUGGCGCGGGCGAAUGAGGACGAGUUACACGCGCGAUCUGACUUCAUGAUUGAGGAACUCGACUGA